AUGGACUCAGCACCGAUCAUGAAAAGAAAACAAGAGAUAUGGGACCAGGAAAGAGAGCUGAUAUUAAUGGAGACCUACAACCAUUAUCGCCCAUUUGCAGCCUCUCAUGGACAAUUUUCUUUUAAUAUUCAGGAAGAAGAUGCGAAGAGUAUCAAAGAGCUCAAAAAUCUUGUGAAGGCCAGAAAGGCAAAAGACAUGAGAUCACUUAAUGAUAAGCUUAUGUCUUUUGUCAAGUAUGGCCGGAAAAUACCCCCAAAGGACGAGAAAAAAAACAAUGAAAUAUAUAAAGUUCCCAAGGUAAAGCCAAUGCCAGCCAAGGGGCAGCAGCAAUUGGUUGAGCUGUUGGAGAAACAGAUAGAGAUCUUGAAAAGACAAGCAGAGACAAAUGAGAGGGUUCUUCUGGUACUGGAAAGCUUGGAGAAGCAUAUUGGAGAGAGUAGCAAGUCUUAG